CGAUUGAACGGCGCCGCAUUAUAACGCCGGCCCUCACUAUCAAGCGUCGGCAUUUGCGCGCUGUUUGUCCGGCGUCUUCUUCGCCAGCGAAGCCGCGGGCGAUCUGCAACUCUUGGUCGCCAUGUCACUCGCGUCGUCUACCCAAUUGUUGCGCUGCCGCAGCAGUCGCCGCUCAGAAGGUGUCGUCUGCGCAUAGACCUUCUUCCUAGAUGCAGCAGGACGCAAACAACAGGGCGGGCGCUCAGCCCGUCGCCGAAGGACUGCUCCCCGAGAAGGACAACGCCGGGGACUGCGACGGCGAUGGGAACGUCGCCGCGUACGAAUGCGCCAUCGGCAGGAUCCGCGUACCCCUGUUCCGGCGUCUGGUCACUCCCAAAUGCUUCCUGCUCCUCUUCUGCGUCCUGGGCAUCCUGCAGGGAGCCUACAGGACUUACUUCAUCGGCGUCCAGUCGACGGUGGAGCGCCGCUUCGCGAUCCCGUCCAAGGCGAUGGGACUGGUGCUGACGGCCGAAAACAUCAGUCCCGUGCUGGCCGUCAUCGCCGGAUACUACAGCGGCGGUGAAAACUACAACCAGCCGCUGUGGCUCGUGUUCGGGAUGCUCACGGUGGUGCUGAGCUGCGGCCUCUGUGUGCUGCCGCACUUCGUGUUCGGGCCGGGCCUGCCGUUGGCGUUGUCGCGCAUUGCUCCCGGCCCGGAGCCGGCCCUCGGGCAGAUGCCCGGAGCCGGCGUCAGUGCAUUGUGCGGGCAGUCAAGGGACGACGAGGACUGCCUGUCCAACAUCAAUCUGGAGGGCGACAUCACCAUCUUCAUCAUGUUCAUCGCUAACUUGCUAAACGGCUUCGGCUCGGCCACUUUUUACGUGAUCGGCAUGUCCUUCAUGGACGACAACAUCAGGAGGAAGAACUCUCCGAUGUACUUCGGCACGAUGUUCGCGCUCCGCCUGUUUGGACCCUCCAUGGGUUUCUUCUUGGCAUCGUAUUGUCUGUCUCAUUACGAGAUACCUUACGUGGACCCGGGCAUCAUGAAGAGGGACCCUCGCUGGAUCGGUGCGUGGUGGCUGGGAUACGCCUUCAUCGGUGUCCUGGUCAUCAUCUUCUCACUGCCCAUGCUACUCUUUCCCAGGAAGUUGUGGAAGACCAGGAUGGCUGACAGCGACCACAAGGUCAGCCUCGCCUCUGGCGCGGCGGCCGUCGACGCUUUCGAGUUGAAGGAAGUUGUGAGGAGACUUCUGGGCAGUCCGAUGUUCAUCUGUCACGCUGCCGCACUAGUGUUCACCGUGAACGGGCUCAUGGGGUUCCUGCUUGCGACGCCCAAAUACAUGGAGACGCAGUACAGGCGCUCGGCGGCUACGGCCAGCCUCUUCUCAGGCUCGGCCUCUCUGGUAACAAUGCUCCUGGCCGUUCUGUUCAGCGGGCCCAUGGCGCGGAGGCUGAAGCCAGGCGCCGGCAUAGUAUCCGCCUACAUCUUGGUCGUCGACGUGCUGCUGCUCGCCUGCUUCGCGACCUCUCUCCUGCUUGGCUGCCAGCAGCUGAACGUGGCCGGCACGCCGCUGCCCAAUGGCGAGCUGAAACUAGUCAACGAAUGCAACUCCCGGUGCUCAUGUACCACGGAUGUGUUCGAGCCCGUGUGCGGACCCGACGAGAAGACGAACUACUUCUCGCCUUGCUUCGCGGGAUGCCACAAUUUCAACAACUCGGACAGCAAGCAGCUACUGGAUUGCCAGUGCCUGCUAGGACCGGAAGGCACCAGCUACACGUCAAACGCAAGCGCAGGUUUCUGCUUCAACGAGUGCACCAUGUUCGUGCCUUUCGUGGCGGUGCUUGGCUUGGCAAGAAUGGUCUUCGCUACGUCCAAAGCUGGCAGCGUUCUUAUCGGCAUCAGGCCCAGCUGCCUUCACCCAAGAGAGGAGAAAAUCGCCAUCGCGGUCCUGCUAACACUGGGCUCAAUUUUUGGUUUCAUACCGUAUCCGGUAAUCUACGGAGCCAUCAUGGACAGGUCGUGCCUCGUCUGGGAAGUAAACUGCGGCGCACGCGGCAACUGCUGGGUCUACGACGCGGCCACAUUCCGCUACCUGCUCCACGGCGUCUCGAUGGGCUUCAUCGUGCUCGGGGCGUUCUUCAGCCUCGCCGUUUACGUGUUCGGCCGCCACUCGUGCCAGCUGCGCGCCGACCAGGAAAGUGGAGACGAGGACGAGGACGUGGUCUUCAUGCGUCACAUCGGACACCCCGGCAUAACGCACGCCACGUGACCGGCGCUGCACAGUCGCGCAUGCGCGCUUCUCCGCUACUGGCCAUUCGCAGCGAGCUCUUCCUGCUCCACAUCACGAACUAGAGCUGGCCCCGCACGCCCCGAGUUGCGCGCAUACUAUAUAGAUAGCUUGCACGUUGACGUCAUGGACACGGAUCCUCACUUGGCUGGUUCUCCAACAUGGCGGAUAGGAUGACGUCAGUGUAGCGUGUGUUACCUGACGGGUAACCUCCUUCAAUGUCAAGGAGACGCGGUCGUAACGCUGCUAAAAUCUGCGCUAGAGCCACGGCACAACCUGCAGAAACAUCUGCGCGAGACCGUAACGGACGCGGCCUCUCACCGCAUGCUCGUGCUCCAACAUGACGGCUAAGAUGACGUCAGUGCGAGCCAUAUAUAUAUAGGGCUCUCACAAGUGACGUCACCAGCAUUAAGACUGGUAACGCGAUCGAAAAGUUCUUGUAGCGCAUACGUGAGCGGCAACUCCUUGUCGGUGAUCAGCCCUUGUCUUGAGCGAGGUCUCGGGCUAUUCCAGUGCUACAGGCGAUAGUAAUCCUUGUGAAGGAAGCACCUAGUUUGUUGAUAAUUAACUAUGGUCGAUGCAGCCGUUUGUCACCGUGAAGUCAUACCAAAAUGUUUACUGAUAGCCGCAGAAUUCAACCGUCUAAGUGCAGUAGAAAUGUGAAGGCGCACUCUUCCAAAAUCCUUAACCUACAAAGCAUUUCCUGUGCCCACUAGCCUCACACUGGAACACACACCGCUCAUUUCUCUUCGGUAUGUGGCUUCCCUCAGAAGCGACAGGAAAAGCUAUAUAUAGACGAGCAUCAAUGCCCCAUGCCAUUAAACGUUUCUGUAUUUGAGACAUUGUCGUUGGAGGGUUUUAUGCUGUGGAUUUCGGUAUAUUGUUCAUGAAAACCACCAGCACAUGGAGAAACGAAGUAAUGGUCAUUCGCGCUAGACCUUUCCCGCCAUUCUCUGCCUCUUGCGUUGACUUAUAGAAAGAAUUACGGUUACCUCAGCCCAGACUGCCCGCGUAAACAGGGUGUUCACCGCGCGACGCAUCUUGUUCCUCGGAGCAGGAGCGACAAAAAGCAUUGUUAAGUUAUAUUGAAAUAAAAUACGUUCAUUAAGCAUUGUGA